AUGAAUUUAAGGAAAAGAUUCUGGGAAACUAAUUUUCUAUUUUUUUAUUUUAUUUUAGCCAGUCUGCAUGUCCACAGUGCUGGUUACUCUAAGUUAGACUGUGAAACUGGAACUAAUGCCUAUGUAGGAAGAGUCCAGGAGGGAUAUGAAGGAGACCUGGAGAUUAUUGAUAAUGUCCGACCUGAUGAUCGUUUGGUGCUGGAGCCAUAUUUUUUUCCAGUUGGCGUGACAUUUCUAGAGCUGGUUCAUUCUAUGGGAGACUCAUCUGCUACUGUACGAACCACCAAACCACUAGAUGCUGAACAACUAAAGCAGUCAGGAGGGAACUUGUUUUAUUCAGUCACCUGCUCAAACACAGGGAAAAAAAACACCAGAAUAAAAGAAGUUGAGGACAUCAAUGACAACCCUCCGAUCUUCGAGAGCAAAGCAUACAGCGCGACAGUGUCUGAGACACUGGCUGUGGGUUCAGAUGUGCUCAGGGUAAAAGCUGAAGAUAAAGAUAUCUCUCCAGGAAACAACAGAAUUACAUAUUCUAUAUUGCCUCCAGCACCAGAGGACUUAGAAGUGAGAAGUGAUGGAAAUAUCAGGUUAUUGAAUCACCUGAACUACAACAACUUUCAGCAGUACAUCUUCACAGUGGAAGCUCAAGAUCCAGGAGGACUCCGUGACACCACCGCCGUUACAAUAACUAUUGAAGACUAUGACAAUCUAAACCCUUAUUUUGAUCACAUCCUCUACAAGGCAACCAUUGAGGAAAAUGAGAUCGGACAUUUCUCAGAUGUCACUCCUGAGGCUAUAAAAGCUCAAGAUGGCGACACGGGCAUUAAUGAGCCUGUGGUUUACAGCAUAACAACAGUCAUUCCAAGUGAAUAUCAGAGCAACUUUGAUAUCAACCCAAACAGUGGAGUCAUUUCUGUGACAACAGCACUGGACAGAGAGGAGAUUGACCAGAUAACCCUGUACAUACAGGCAGCUCAGCAAGACGAUCUCAGUAAGAAAGCAAACACUGUGGUAAUCAUCACUAUUGAGGAUGUGAAUGAAAACCCGCCCACUUUUGACCAGGAUGAGUACAUUGUAUCUAUUCCAGAAAAUUCAGCACAGGACCAGUGUGUGCUUCAGACAGUAGUCACUGACCUGGAUGGGUUCUCUAAGGGUCACUUUAUCAUGGAUAGUGAUACCUUCGUUAUCAACAAUCAAGGAGUUAUAUCCCUCAAGAGCGAUGCCACCUUGGAUAGAGAAACUAAUGACCAUUACACGCUAGAGGUAAUCGCCGUAGACCAGCCUGUUGAUGGUUUAAGCUCCACAGCUCAGGUCAUCAUCACUGUCCUGGACAUUAACGACAACAACCCACAAUUCCUUCCUCUGCCAGAGCCCAUUGAGAUUCAGGAAGGCAAAUACACUCAGUCAUCCCCUGGGGAGGUGUGCAAAAUUUCAGCCACAGAUGCUGAUAUUGGAGUUAAUGGACUACUCACCAUCACCAUUUCCACUUACAACAAUUUCUUCAGUUUCAGCAAUGAUGGGACUCUACAAGCUGUCAGUGAAUUGGAUCGGGAGAUGCAAGAUGUCUAUGAUGUGGUCAUUGUUGCUGCAGAUCAUGGGACCCCACAGUUAAAUAAUAUGACCACAGUGAGAGUCAGCAUCACAGAUGUCAAUGACAAUGCUCCAGUCUUCAGCUCAGAGACUUACAGCAGAAGUAUUCUGAUUAGAGAUGCAAAGGUUGGAGAGUUGCUGCUGACAGUCUCUGCCACAGAUAGAGAUGCUGGAAACAAUGCACUUAUUACCUACAGUUUCUCUGAGGUCUCCUCCAUGGUUGCACUGGAUGUUGAAACAGGAGACAUCACUUUGACCUCUGACCUUAGUGAAGUCAUAGAAGACACACUGUUAACCCUUAGUGUUAUAGCAACAGAUCAUGGAACACCAGCACUAUCUGAUGAAGCUGAAGUCUUGAUCCACUUCAAAAUCGCUUCUCUCACUGAGAGUGUGUCUUUUGAGAGUUCCUCCUACAACUUUGCAAUCAAGGAGAAUGAACCCGAGGAGACAAUAAUAGGCACGGUCAAGGCAUUAACAGGGAGUCCACUGGUUACAGUCAACUAUAACAUGAAGUCACAUGAAGACAUCUUCUCUGUGGAUGCUGAGGGAACCAUAAAAGCUCUAAAAUCACUUGACAAGGAGGACGUGGAGUGGUACAUCCUCACCGUAGAGGCUAUAGACUCCAGAACACCUCCAAACACUGCAGAGUCAACGGUCAGUGUUCAGGUUGAGAACGUGAAUGAGGCUCCUGUGUUUGACGCUGGAAAAUAUACCGCUGAGAUUUUCAAUAUUGCUCCAUACAAAUUCCCUAUAGUAAAAGUCCAGGCAUCAGACCCUGAUGUGGACGAGAGCUCGGAACUGCAGUAUUCACUGGUGAAGCCCACUUCUGUUCUGGAUGUUGAGGCAAGCACCGGUCAGCUCUACGUUCUGGAUACGUCCAGUGUUGUAGAUUCCCUGGUCACCUAUGAGGUUAAAGCCACUGAUAAACAUGGACUUUUCACAAUGACAACAGUAGAGGUACACAUGAAAGAAAGCCGGUACGGUAACAGCGUCACUGUCAUCUCUCUAAAUCAGCCGGUGUACAUAGUGGAAAAGAUGAUACCAGAGAUAGAAGAGUCCAUGAAGACAGCUUUUGGCUGGACUGUGAAAAUCCUCAGUGUGACAGCAGAUGGUGGGAAUAAGAUACGGAUUAAUUCUCGAAAAUCAACUGACAAGACUUACGUUAGCUUUAUCGCAAUGGACUCCAGUAGUAGCAUCAUUGAAGCAGAUGAAGUCAAAGAGAAAAUCUACACUGAGCAUAAAGUUUUAACAUCUGAACUGGAGAAGAUUUUUGGGAUAGAAGUGAAAAUCCAAGUAGAGGACAGUUCUGGAAACUUUGAAGGUUUCAGUGAAGAAGUCGUCAUUACUCUAGCUGUUCUCCUGUCUUUGACCAUUUUGGCGGCUGGGGUGUCACUGACUGUCUAUAUUAUCAAGAAUAAAUUUGAUGACAAACAAAAGAAAAUGGAAGAAGAAAAAUCAUGUAGAAGGAGUAUUGACAACCCUGGAAAUUUUUGAAAACCAGUAUUGAGAGAGGUGUGACAGAAUGGAUGAAUGACACUGAUUUCAGUAAAAGCAGCAUCUCUGAGCUCUGAUUCAGAGCACCUCAAAGUGUAAUAAGACUUUAUGUCUUGAUUAUGAUGCACGUUUAUGGAAUAUGGGACAUGAAGCCAUAUCACUGCCACUUUAUAAUGAACUCAAAUGAUAUAUUUAUAUAAAUAUAUUUAUUAUACUGAAAAAUAGAGCUGUUAAGCUGUAACGCCUACAGAAAAACAUGGUACAACGGUAAGAUCAUGUGGCUGAUUCCCUGGGAAUAAAAAAAAACUGCCAAAUGUAUAGAUAUAUGUAAUUUUCUGCGUGAGAGAAGCUGUCUGUGAUGAACACAUGCAGCUUUAUUAGAUAAAGCACAGUCAAAAAUACACGCAGGGUCAAACACCAGUGAUGGAAAAUGUCCCCAAAAAUUUUUUUUAAAAAACGUUGGAAAAAAUAUUAAACCAGGAUAAUAGACGGUGAGGACAGCUGAAAGUUGCUGCAUGGGAUUAUUGGAAAUAAAAUAAAAGAGUCGA